AUGUCCUGGGACCAGAACAACAUGUGUGAGUAUUGUGACCCUCAGUUUGGGAUCAGCCAGACCCUCACUGGCAUCUCAAGGACAGAGUUGGCUCCUUCUCUUUACCCACAAGAGAAAUCAAAGGGCAGCCAGAGUCCAAGGGCCCAGGAGGAGCUGAGCAAGGUUGAGCUUCACGUCCACCUGGAUGGAGCCAUUAGACCAGAGACAAUCUUGUACUUUGGCAGAAAAAGAGGGAUCCCUCUCCCUGGCGACACUGUUGAGGAGCUCCUGAAGUACGUCAGCUAUGACACACCGCUGACACUUCCCCAAUUUCUAGAGAAAUUUAAUUACUACAUGCCUGCUAUUGCGGGUGACCGUGAGGCAGUGAGGAGAAUCUCCUACGAGUUUGUGGAGACAAAGGCAAAGGAAGGAGUCGCCUACGUGGAGGUCCGGUACAGCCCUCACCUCCUGGCCAACUCUGGCGUGGAUCCCAUCCCCUGGGGACAAGCUGAGGGAGACCUCACUCCAGAUGAAGUCGUUCAGCUCGUAAAUCAGGGACUACAGGAUGGAGAAAGGGAUUUCCACAUCAAAGCCAGGUCUAUUCUAUGCUGCAUGCGCCAUAUGCCAAGCUGGUCUCCAGAGGUGGUGGAGCUCUGCAAGAAGUAUCGAAACGACUCUGUGGUGGCCAUUGACCUGGCUGGGGAUGAGACCCUGAAGGUGGAGAAUGACUCUGAGCAUAAGAAGGCUUAUGAGGAAGCUGAGAGGUGUGGGAUUCAUCGCACUGUCCACGCUGGGGAGGCUGGCCCUGCUGCCAUGGUCAAGGAGGCAGUUUAUGUCCUGAAGGCCGAACGUGUUGGCCAUGGAUACCAUGUCCUGGAGGACCCUGAGCUCUACAAGGAGCUGCUGAGAACAAAGAUGCAUUUUGAGGUCUGCCCUUGGUCCAGUUAUCUCACUGGAGCAUGUUCUCCGGACUUCACCACACACCCCGUAACACAAUUUAAGAAGGAUCGUGCCAACUAUUCUCUAAACACGGAUGACCCCCUCAUCUUUAACUCCACCAUUGACAAGGAUUAUGGCAUAGUCAAGGAACACAUGGGCUUCACCGAAGAGGAGUUCAAGAGAGUUAACAUCAAUGCAGCCCAGUCCAGCUUCUUACCUGAGAAGGAAAAGCAGGAGCUGCUCAACAAGCUGCAUGAAGCCUAUGGGAUGGUCCCCAACACAUCGUGACCCUGUGAGCCAGCGUGGAGCAGGGCCCUUCUUCCUGUGCUGACUCCUCUGUGCCCCUGGGAGCUGGGGAGGAGGUGCCCAGGGUUGGUCUCUAUUCCUGGCAGCCCUGUGUUAACCCUUACAAUGCUCAUCAGAAUCAGACUGUCACAUUCACCCACCUCUACCCCACAAACUCUUUCCCAAAUGGAUAUCCAGCUUCCUAUCCUGCUGCUGUGCAAGCAGACUGGAUCUGCCUGCUGGCCUGACUCCCUUCUCCAUCUGUCAGUGCUUCUGUACUGCAAAUGCAAACAGAAGAACCUCCCCUGCUUUCCCCCCCCCCACUCUUUCCCUGUUUUUCCUGUCCUGUCCCACUGACCUGCCUGGCCCUUGUCUGCAGUGCCGAAAUAACCACCUUUAACUCUGACUGUGGCCUAAGUUAAUCUUCACCCUUGCAGGGAAGAGGUGUGUUAGUGCUGGCAGGGAGUGAGCAGGUGUUUCAGACACAGAGGCUUUAUUCCUGUCCCUGUGGGUAGGAGGGUUUGGUCACAGCUCUAUUUACACAGGGUUAGUCUUGUACUAACAAGACUGGAACAAGAACAAGCUGGAAGCUGGUGCCCCUACCUAUAGACAGGUCUGAAGGGCAUUUAAAACAAAAUACAUUUUUUUUUGCAUCCUUUCUUGGACAGGAGCUGUGUUAGGCCACACCAGUGCUCAUAGCUGGCCAUGACCAUGCUCGCACAUGCAUAGGAAGUUGGAACGUAACUUUACCACUUUGGGCCAAAAUCUGCCUUCUGGGACUUUUCCCAGUUUUGUACUCAUCCUGAAGAAUUCCUGUGAACUGCAGUUUGAUCUUUCUCUAUCUUUGUUUAGGGCUUGGAGAAGCCAUGGUCGAUUGGCUGGUUUAACAGUUCUGCCCUCUUCCUGAUUUGACAUAAUCAUUAGGCACUGCUAAGGCUGAAAAAAUAAAUUAACUAGGCCCAGUGUUGACUUGGAUCCCACCUGAUUGCUUCUCUCACUCAGCUACAACACUGGCUCCAAGUCAGAUCUUCGGUUUGGUGGAGAAUUUAUACAGAAAAAUACACUGAAUAUUCCUAAGUGAUUUGGUGCAUAAUAGUGUUUUUACUCAAUAAGCAAUACAGCUGUGCAUCCAGAGAAGAGACCAUCAUUUUCUGAUGUGAGUGUGUGGUGUGCUUUAGCAUCCCAGGUGUCUGCCAAGAUGCUUACUCCAAAGAUACUGUACCAAAAAGUUGCCUUUGACAAGGGGCCGUGGUCACCAUUACCAUGGACAGACCACGGACCGGUCCAGCCUCAUCCAGCAGGAACAAUAUGCUGGGAGUAUUUCCAUUCUUUCUGGGCUUCCAUAUUGGUCUUCUGAGUUAAAUACUCAUCUCUGAAGUACGUGGUGCAUAUAUACACAUAGAUAGAUGAAUAAGAGAGAGUGAUUUUCUUACUUUUAUAAAGCAAAAAAUAAAGCAUCCCUUUUAGGAACAUGAUUGCGGUAAGAAACAGGCCUUUUUUGGGUAAUUUCUCUCCAAAAAUUCUUUCUGAAGAAGAGUUUCUUGUUUUGAUUCUGGACAGUUGAUUGUUAAUCCUCUUUAAUAAAAUAACAGAUUUAUAUUUAAGGUAAA